AUGAACACAUCAUCUGCCAAUGUGACUGUGGUUGUACAGUCUCGAGACUCCCUCACCAAAGCUGUGACCAAGAAUGUGAUUGUUGUGCUUCUCGGGAUCUUCAUCAACUACAUCAAUGGAGGCCUCAUUCAAACCUUCUGCAAACACCAGAUCUUCUACAUAAAUCCUCGGUACAUCCUUUUCAUCCACCUGGUGGUCAACGACACGAUCCAAUUGACGCUAACCAUCAUCCUGUUUGUCAUCAGCUACGUUCUCCACAAAAUAAAUGUCUCCAUCUGCUGCAUCUUCAUCCUGAUUGCUAUUUUCACCACUGCAAACACCCCUCUGAACCUGGCCUGCAUGGCAGUGGAGUGCUUCAUCGCCAUCUGUCUUCCCCUUCGCCACCCGCAUAUCUGUACAGUCAAGAGGACACUGAUGUUGAUCGGUUUAAUCUGGGCAACAAGUGUGUUGUCUGCUCUUCCUGAUCUCUUCUUCACUUUGGCCACAGAACCACAGGACUUCUUUCAUUCCAGAGUCUUCUGUGUUCCACAAACUGUCUUCCCAAACCCCCUCAUCAUCAAGAAGAGAGAUAUCUUGUACUCAGUUUUUCUAGUUCUGGUUUGGGUCACUAUCUUUUACACUUACUUCAGAAUUCUGUUCACUGCAAAAACAGCUAGCAAAGAUGUUACAAAGGCCAGAAACACAAUCAUCCUCCAUGGAUUUCAGCUGCUGCUUUGUAUGGUAACAAUCCUCCAUGGAUUUCAGCUGCUGCUUUGUAUGGUAACAUAUGUGGCCCCCCAGAUCAAACAGGCUGUGCUGCAAGCGUUCCCUAAGAAUUAUUCAGACUCCCUGUUCGCUUGUUAUAUUAUUAUACAGGUCCUGCCGCGAUCUAUUAGUCCCAUCAUCUAUGGCAUACGAGACAAGACUUUCAGGAGGUAUCUGAAAAGGUAUGUGUUGUGGAAAAUAACCCCACAGUAA